AUGGUGGUCUUUCAUCUAUCAAUCUCUGCUUAUAUUGACAUAACUCAAAUUAUUCAUAUCUGUGUGUCUAUAAAUCUCACUCUGCUCAUAUCUAUCUAUCUAUCUAUCUAUCUAUCUAUCUAUCUAUCUAUCUAUCUCUGCCUUUCCAUCUAUCUAUCUAUCUAUCUAUCUAUUUCCAUCUAUCUAUCUAUCUAUCUAUCUAUCUAUCUAUCUAUCUAUCUAUCUAUCACAAUGACGGGUAUUUUUCUAUCUCCCACCAACCUCAUUAGGAAAUGUUUGAGCUCGGUCUCUGUAUUCAAAUAUUCAAUUCAGGACCUCCCCUUUCUGAAAAUUGGCGCAACACAUUUAUUUAACUUCAUUCUUUUUUCUCUUUCAUUUCUGUCUUUCUUAACAUACUUACUUUUUACUUCAAUUUUUUCGUUUCUAUUUAACGUUCUUCUCUCUACCAUCUUUUUUCUUCAUCUCUUUCAAUCGUUUUUCUUUCUUUCUAUCUUUCUUUCUUUCUUUCUUUGGCUUUUUCUUACUUUUCUUUCCUUUCUUCUGUCGUUCCCUCUUUCUUUUAUUUUGUCUUUUAUUUCUACCAUUUUACUCUUCUUUUUUCAUAUUCUCUCAUUUUCCUUUCUAAAUGUUUUCUUCCUUUUUCUUAAACUUCGACGCACCUCCUUUCUCUCUCCGUUUUUCAUUCUCAGUUUAUUCAUUUUUACAACCUUAUUUGUCGUCCGUUCCUUCUUUCCUUUACUCUUUCUUUCUAUGUUUUCCUUUCUUUCUUUCUUUCUUUAUUUAUUUAUUUAUUGUUUUCUAGCAUUCUUUCUUUCAUUCUUUCUUUCUUACCUUUUCUUUCCUUUUUAUCGUUUUCCUCCUUUUCUUUUCUCCCUUCUCUUUCUCUCUCUCUCCCACCCUCUUCAUUUUUUAUUCCCACUUUUUAUCACUCUCAUCCAUUAUUAUUUUUCUCCUUAUAUCAUUUUUAAGCUACUCAUUUAUUUUCAUUCACCCGUAGGUAACGGACGAAAGGAAAUCCACCCUCCCUUUCCUUCCAUUCAUCUAGCCACCCAGUUUUCUCUGUCCGUUCCCGAUUCUAUUAUUGUUGGUUUGUAUUCCUUUAUUCAUGAUAAACACAUGUUUCCAGUUGGUACAGGAAUCGGAUAG